ACCAAAUCAAUUGAUCAGUAAACUAAUUAAAAGAGAAAAUUUUUUUCUAAAUAACUAAUUAGAUCUGAUUGAUGAGAUUUUGAUCAUUGACUAAUUCAUUGGAUUUCUAUCGAAUUUUUGACAAUAAAGUGAAUUGAUAAUCAAUAAUUUUUCAUGUUAUUGAGAAAACAGAUGAAUCGGAUUAAAUUAUCGAUUAAGUGAUUAAGUGACUUAGAAAAAAAAUUAAUCAAAUCAGUCAUCAAACUAUGACCAAUGAUCGUCAUUUUAUUGAGUUAAUUGUUGACAAGAAAAUUGUGUCAUUAAUUGUCACCUUGUAAUCGUGACAAUUAAAAAUGUUUUGUUUAAGAAAAAGUAAAAACCGAGCAACAAUUAAUCCUGAACAAUUAGUGAAAUCCCCAGCAAUUAAGAUUCAAACAUCAAUUAAACACGAGCUGAUCACGAAAUCAACAAUUAACCGAUUGAUUUUCAACUAUUCACCAAUUAAUUAUCUCUAUUGUGUUUUAAUUAUAAUUUCAUUCAUUUACAGAUUAACUAAUUAUUUUCAAAUUACAAUUGAAAUGAUUAAUAAAUCAAAUGGAAUUAGUCAAAUAAUGGAUUUUUCAAUUGAGGAAAUUGUAAUAAUUUAUUUAAUUGCUGAGAGUUUAAACUACCCAUCGAAAUCAUUUGUUAAUCAAUUUGAUUCAAUUUGGACACAAUUAAAAAUUUCAACCGAUCCAAUUGUCGUUGAACAAUUAAAAUCAUCUAAUUUGAAAGUUCAAAUUAAAUCAACAAUCAUCAUUUUAAUUGAUUUAGCCGGUUGGCUAUUCAAAGUAAUUAACAUGUACAUAUUUAGUGAACAAUUAAAUUACCUGAUAUACAUUUUGGAUAAUUCAGUUAGCUUAUUAAUUGUUAUUCUUAAUUACAAUUUAUUCCGAGGUUUUCUCACCUCUGGUUGUCUCAUUGAGAUUGGACAUAAAAGAUUAAAUCAGUUAAUUGUUAUCCAAAUGGAACAAAUUUAUCCGAGUGAUUUAAAUUUCCAACGAUUUAGAAAUGAUCACUAUCAGUUAAUUGUUCUAAGUGAUUUGUGUGAUUUAAGAUUCCGACGAUUUGUAUCAAUGAUUUGCAUCUCUACAAUUCCGAGAGCAACGUUAAUUGUUUACGUUGCUUUCUAUUCAAAUAGUGAUUUAAUUUCAAUGAUUAAAUAUAUUAUUUGGUCAAUCCAAUUGUUAAUUGUGGUCACUUUUUUUGUCCAAUGUUUAUUUGGUUUUGUUAAUUAUCCUAAAUUAGUCGUUGAAGAUAUUUACAAGUCAACUUUGAUUGAACGUAGUGAUUACUUUAAAUCAGAGGUUUUACUUUUGAUGGAUUUAAUUAAUCAACAAUUAGCUGGAAUACGUUUCUUGGGAUUAUAUUUAAUUACUUCCGAUGCAAUCAACACGUUAACUACGUUUGUUUUUACCGUUGCAAUGGCGAUUCCUAAUUUUUACAAUGCUAAAUGA